AAUGUUCUAUUCCCACACCAUCCUCUUCCUCAUUCAGUGUCUCAUCUACCAGUUCCACAUCUUCUUGUUUUCUUGUGGGGUAGAGAACACCAAACAAUUAUAGUGAGAUGAUCUACAGCGAAGAUUUUAUUAAGUGGCAUCACUGGGGAUAUCUUGCAGCAGCUAUUAUAUGUGCCCAGAUAGAGAAUGGCUCCCUCAUCACAAUACAACCCCCAAAUCCAACCGUGGGUCAAAAUGUUCUAUUGAAUGUCGAGUAUGAAGGCAAAAUUAUAAUGAUGAACUGGUACAAGGGGAGCGGGACAAGUGAUUCAAUGUUAAUUGUGACAAUCAACCCUGAAACAAGUGCUCUAACUACUGGGAAAAUGUUUACAGGACGAGAGAAAGUAAUGAACAAUGGAUCUUUAUUGAUAUCAAACCUCAGGACCUCCGAUGCUGGAGACUUCACUGUCCAACUUAGUAUUCCAGGCUCUUUUACGUCCGAAACAGCUCAGCUCACCGUGAAUGUAGGAUAUGGAAGACCUCCUCCUCCUAUUAUAGCGGUAUCAGGUGGACCUACUCAAGCUCUCCCAGUCAGCUCUUAUCCAUAUCUAAAUCCCACUACUUCUGAAUCCCAACCCAAAGCCAAUGUCAAUCAAGUUUUGAUAGGUGCUGUGGUUGGAUCGUUAACUGCAGUAUUUCUGGCUGUGACUGCUGUAAUAGUUUACUGUAAAAAGUACCGCAAACCAUCACAAGCACCAGUUGAGAAACCGUCUGUGGACAAAGUCUCCAAGCCACAGUACAAUGAAGAAAGAAGAUUGCCAUCUAUUCCACCCCGCCCCUACCAGAAUGAAGGAAGAAGCAAUGAAGAACAUCCAUAUGAAGAUCUUUCAUAUAUCUACUUGAGCAGUUCUUAUCAUGACCUUAAUGGACCACCAAAAACAUGAGACAAAUAAUGAAACACUGUUAUCACAGGAAGUCUACUAGUUUGAUAUUGUUAAAUGAAGGCGAAAUCAAUAAAUCACUUGAAAAGUGAAAA